AUGCAUAACGCUGUUGCCGAGAACGUGCUUGGCACUGCUGGUACGAUUUUCUGGUGUGUGCAAUUAGUGCCACAAAUCAUCAGGAACUACAAAGUCAAGAACUGUGAGGGCCUACCACCUAUUAUGAUGUUUUUGUGGGCUGCUUCGGGAGUUCCCUUCUCGAUCUACUUCUUUGGGACUGAUGGAUCUAUUCCGCUCAAGAUCCAACCCCAAUUAUUCACCCUUUUCUGCUUGAUCACCUGGGGCCAGAGCAUCUACUAUCCUCCAUACAAUGUGCCUAGAAGAAGAAUGGUGCUCUUUCUCAUUGCAUUUGGGAUCAUAGCUGUGGCUCUUGAGGUGGGUCUCAUUCUUUGGUUGCGUCCAGUCCACAGACAUGGCACCCAUUGGCCCAUGCUUAUUGUGGGAAUUGUGGCCUCAAUCUUACUUGCGAUUGGUUUAAUUCCUCCAUACUUUGAGCUUGCGAAACGUAAGGGUCGUGUGGUGGGAAUUAACUUCAUCUUUUUGGCCAUGGACUCUGCUGGUGCUUUGCUCUCCAUGUUGAGUGUGGUGUUCGGCACCAUGGACAUCAUGAGUAUGGUUUUGUAUGCUAUUGUGUUGGGACUCGAGGUGGGGAUCUUUGCGUCGCACCUUGGCUGGUACUUGCUGGGAGGGAAACGCAUUCUCAAAGAGGAAAAAGAAGCCCAAAAACUCGAAACGGAGCUGGACGACAAGAUUGACAAGAUUGACGAUAUUGAAGAGGACUCAAGAGAGACGGACGUGGUUUCUGUCGCUUAA